UGCUAGGAUACAGCGAAUGCUCCGCUUUCUUCUCGGCGGACACCAGCUGUCUGGUAAAAAGUAAAAGUGAAGUUCAGGUUCUUCUAACUGCACGGCAUGUCCCAGCUUACGUAGCUGAUUGGCCUGAGUUUGCUGGGUUUGAUUAUCCGGUUGGAAACAUCGCUAAGCCUCAUGGAUCUAACUUAUUAUUGAUGUUGCAGCGGUUUCAUCAAGAUACCUUAAUAUACAAUCAUGCCAUAUAUCAAAACAUCUCAGAAACAUCAGUCAUUCUCAACAUGGUUGGAUGUUAAGUCACAGAAAUGUGGACCGAGGCACACGGUUUUCUCUGUCAGUGGAAAUGAAUACACUGGAGAGUGGCAGGACAACAAAAAGCACGGUAAAGGGACUCAGGUUUGGAAGGAGUCUGGAGCCAUUUACAAUGGAGAGUGGCAAUUUGGAAAGCCUGAUGGAUAUGGUACCUACAGUGUACUACUCCCAGAAACUAAAGCAUUUACAAAGAAGUACGCUGGUGGAUGGAAAGAUGGAAAGAAACAUGGGUAUGGAACCUACUUUUACAAUAACUCAUCAGUUUACGAAGGGGAGUGGAAUGAGGACCAUCGGAGUGGCUGGGGGAGAAUGUACUAUGAGAAUGAAGAUAUCUAUGAGGGAGAGUGGUGGAAAGAUAAGAAACAUGGGCAGGGCAUCAUUCGAUUUGAAAAUGGAAAUUGGUAUGAAGGUGCCUGGAGAGAUGGCAAGAAGAACGGCAGUGGGAAGUUCUACUAUUCUGACAAAGGCCAACUUUAUGAAGGCUUUUGGGUGGAAGGAGUAGCAAAAUGUGGAACCCUGUCUGAUUUUAGAAGAGAUGAAGCACUGACACCACCUAAGUAUCCAAUUCCACAGGUGCAGCUGAUGGACAUGCAGUUGGUUUUAAGGGAAGCCAAGUCAGCCUGUUUUGGACAGUGUUACUGAAAAGAAGCAAGAUUCCGGAAGCAGCAAGUUCCAGUCUACCAUACACACACUCGUGAAAACUAAUAAACGAUGUGCAGCAUA